AUGAGAGAAUCCAAUCAUAGAUUUGUUUUAAAUAAUAGGGCAGCAGUAAUUAUAAAUACCUCGAUUUAUGAUCGUAGAGCAUUAGAUACCAAUAGUGAUAUCCCAUUAAUCAAUUCCUUAAAUUUUUUAACGUACCAUGCAUCAAACUCAGCAAAGGUUAGAGAAGCCAUGGCUUCGGAUGGUGCCAUUGGAAGGUUAGUUAACAUACUAAAUGAAUGUUAUUUGCCAUUAAAUGAAUUUUUGUAUUAUAAUACAAGUGGUAAUAAGACUAAUGUCGAAAUGUUGGAGAUAAAAAAGAGAUUAUCAAUAUUAACUUGGAAAUGGACCUUAGCUUUUCAAUGUUUGAUUCUAGCUGGGACAAGAGGCAGCGAAAAAGUUAGAUUAAAGUUGGUUGAAGCUGGUGUUAUUCCUAUAUUAGCUACGAUUUUAGACAAUUAUUUGAUCUUUGAGAAAAAUUUUGAUAACGAAACGGAUAAAACUUUGGAUUAUUCUUUAUUAGAUAUCCGUAUGUUAAAUGAAACCUUCAUUGGAGACAUUAACAAUUGGGAUAAUAUGAAGAACUAUGCAUAUAUAUUGGACGAUACAUCGUAUUUAGAAAGUGAUUCUAAGAAACACAUAUCUGUGGAAUAUUUGAAGGCUGAUUCGUUUUUACUGUCAGAUGAUUUUUACUCCAUGUUUGAAAGGAAUUUGAACCAGGAAAAGAUUGAUUUAACUAAGGAUAAAGAGCUUUUCACUGACAAUAAAAUAACAAAUUUUCCAAAGCCUAGAGAUAUGAUAUAUGGGAAAAUUAUUCCUAAAGUCGAUGAUGUUAUUUGGUCAUUGCAAUUAUUAGCAUUUUUAUCCAAAUACACGUUAAUUAAAAAAUCUUUAUUGUCAACCACGUUACUCGAUAGACUCUCAUUUAGAACAAUUAUCAACAGAAGUAAACAGCUUUCGGUCAGUCCACAUAUGUUAUGUAAGAUACCUAGUGAUGACGAUGAAUUUACUCAAUAUGAUGAUUUGAUUUAUAACAAACACCCUGGUGACCUUUUUGAAGAAAAAGACGAGUUUUUGAACACCUUUUUAAGCGGUGAUUUCUUUGAAGACUACAAUAAUGGAGUUAAAGAACAAAACUUGGAUGGUCUAAAAGAUCAUAUAAACCCACGCAGACUUCAAAGAUUAAAAAAUGAAUAUGAGGUACAGAAAAGAUAUAAACAGAAGUGGGAUCCCAACAUCUUAGACAGGCAUGUAAUAGAAAAUAAUAAUUUAUUGAAAAACUAUAAUUUAAACAUUUUUUUAUUGGUGGAAAAAUAUACGUGUCACAGACAUAACGAUAAAAAUAUUGUUUAUUGGAGUUCAGUUAUUAUGAGAAACUCUUGCAAAAAAAAUGAAUUUUCUGGCGUAAGGCAAUGUGCCAAUUUUAACUGUGGAAGAUGGGAACAAUAUCCAAAACAAUUUGCCAAGUGCAGAAGAUGCAAGAGAACCAAAUAUUGCUCUAGGGAUUGCCAACUUAAGGCUUGGACAUAUCAUAGGUAUUGGUGUCAAGAAGCUGGAUGCAGUCAUUUAUAUCACGUCACCAAUACCGAUGCCACUACUAAUGCUAAUGCAUCUAUUGCUACUACAAAUUCACCCACCACGCCCGUAGUAAGUGUUAACAUACAAAAUAAUAAUACUAAUAAUGGUGAUAAUAAUACUGACAAUGGUGAUAAUAAUAAUACUAACAAUAAUAAUAAUAAUAAUAAUAAUAAUAAUAAUAAUAAUAAUAAUGGUGACAGUAGCAAUGACAAUGAGGAAGAACGUCUUAAUAAUAGACCUAUGGGUAGUGGGGCCAUUAUGGACGCUAAUACUGCAGAAGUUGCAGUCACGCGGCCAAGAGCUAGAACGGGUUUAAAUAAUAAUCAAAACAUAAAUGCUAUUGAGGUUCGCGCAUUGAUGAUAAAUAACCAAUUGAGGCAUGUUAAUGUAGAAAAUAAUGAGCAACAACAACCUCGAAAUUUUAUUCCUAUAUCUGCUGCUGCAAGUGCUAAUUCCGCUUCUAUUUCUUACGAUAAUGGUAAUAGCAAUAAUAAUACUGGCAAUAGCAGUCAUGACAAUGGCAGUGCAGUUUCUACUAGGUCUCAACAAGAAAAUACUGAGGGUGAAUUUGAUGAAGAAGAUACCGAUUCUGCUGGCUCGUUUAAUACACAAGAUGUAACUGUGAAUGUUACAGACCCUAAUAUCCAAUCAACUGAUAAUUCUUCUGAUAGUGGUAAUGUGGUCAGAAGGGGUGAGGGUGCAACAUUAAUAGGUCCAUCUUCGUAG